GUAGCGAAGAUGGGCAGUUCACAUUCAAAGAAACAACCACCGGUGAUUGCACAUUGUUCUGCACCAGCUUAUUGCGUCAAGUCGAUUGGCAGUAGGCAUCUUUUGUUGGCUGGUGGCGGAGGUGCGGCUAAAACUGGAGUUGCGAAUCAGAUUGAGACCUUCUUGUUGUCAUUCGACCAUUUCCCUCCUCAGCCAUCAAUUACGACUCAAACAAGUGCAGAUAAUAUUGUCGCAUUGAAAGCACAUUUAGCAAGUGCUUUAAAAACUGGUCCUCAUGCCACCAUGAAUAUGGAUGUGGUUUGUUCGGGAAUGCCCGAAAGUGGUCGAUAUCUACUUGCAGCUGGACAUGAUCAGUAUUGUGAUAUUUAUGAGUCGAAAGGUUUCUCGUUAUCAAACGAAACCAAUAACAAUGCUGAACAUAGACGAUCUAUGCUCACAUUAAAUUUUGAGCACAUUACAAGGAUACAAACGGAUGAAAAGCCAAAAGGAGCAUAUCAGAAAACAGUAAGAUUCGAUCGAGAUACGGUCGGUCGACCACGACGAUUAGUGACGGGUGGUGCGGAUGGAUUNUCUUCUUCAAUCUUUGAUAUUUCAACUUUUGCAACUCAGGAUUCGUCUCGUCAAAUUGAACCGUUGCAUAAAAUUAAAGCGCAUAAUGGUGAUGUGAAUGAUUUGGAUGUUUCACGAGAUGGCAAAACAAUCGUGAGUGUAGGACAAGAUGCUAGAGUUUAUUUGUGGUCUUUAAGUGAUGCCAAGAAAUUGAUGGAAUUACCGACAUUGAAUGAAAUUGGCGAUCAGUUUCGGGUACGUUCAAUUCGAUUCACAGCUCUCGGAUCGACGAACGCAAUCUUCGUGGCAGCCUACAAUCAGAUUCAGCGAUCCCCUAAAUCAGUUUCGUAUUUAUCAUUAUGGGCGUUCAAUCACGAUCGAUCCGUAUGCAAACCGAUACUUGUCAAAGAGGCUUUUCGAGAGACAAUUUCAACGUUAACGGUGAGCGAGUGUGGUAAUUUCACAGCUGUGGGUACAUUGAGUGGAAGUGUGGCCAUAUUUGAUACACAUGAGAUGAAAGUGCUGUACAUGGCUCAGGAGACGCAUGGUAUUUUUGUUACAGGUGUUGAGUUUUUACCUAAUCGAACCGUGGAUAUGCCCCCAGUGAAGCAAUACGAUUCAACUCGUCAACGUGUUGUUUACCCAGGUAUAUCGUCUGAAUAUCGUACUGCGGUUGUAUCGUUGAGUGCUGAUCAAACAGUACAAUUUCACGCAGUUCCAUUCAACAAAUCACCUGCACUCACUUCAUUCCUCUUGAAAUUAUCAAUUGCUAUCGCUCUCAUCUACUAUUUCAUUUGGUAUUUAUGCAAUCAUUCUCUUCGUUGA